CCACAAAGCCGGGAGAGGGUUAAACAAAACAGUUUCUACAUCAGUUCCAUUUUGAAUUUCAGUUUGGAUUUGCCGACGAACUGCAGCAGCCGCAGCCGCAGCAGCAGGAGCAGCAGCAGCAUCAACAUCAAGAGCAGCCGCAAUCAAAAUGUCGCGUGGCUCAAGUCUCUGACACAUUGAACAAUAGCAACAACAACAAAUACAACUACAACUACAGCAACAACAACAACUCCUACAACAACAAUAGACACACUCUGAGCGCUGACAUGUCCCACUUGCUGAGGCGCACCAAGAAGUCCUGUCUCAAGCUGCUGCGCAAAAUAUCGACAUCAAAGCAACUAUUUGUGCAGCGCCUGGAGGAUGAGGAGCAGGAGGAGGAGGAGGUGGAGGAGGGGGAGCAAGAGGAGCAGUGCAAGAAGGAGGGACAGCCGCACACGAGCUGCAACUGCAAUCCAGUUGCCAUGAAUGAUAAGCAAUACGCAUGCCACAAUAAUCAACCACAAAGAUCCGUCCAAUACCAGUGCGAAGCUGCCAGCGAGGCGUUGGUGGAGCAGCCGCAGCUGGAGAGCACGCAAUCCAAUCUAGAUAUACAAUUCGAUUUGAUGCACUACAAGGAGAACGUGCGCUAUCUAAGGCACACGCCAUCCAAUUCGAGUCUCGAUCUGCAGCGAGACCGGGAGCUGGAGCAGCGCGGCUACAGCUUCAGCUUGGGCUCCCAGUUCGAUGGGCAAUAUCAUAACUUGAUAAUCAGAGAGCAGCCGCCGCACGACGAUUAUCCUAUUGUCAAGUGGGACAUCAACGGCAACUCCCUGGAGCAGGAGGAGCAGGAUGAGGAGCAGCAUUUCGAUCUGCGACAGCAUUGGGCCAACUUCGACAGCCGCUGGCGGCAGCUGCAGGCGCUGCCCAGCGGCAAGCGUCCAAGCAGCUCAAGUCAUUCGCAGAGGUCGAGCCAUCAUUCCAGCGCCUGCACCUUGGAGACCUGGAUCGAUGAUGCGGAUGAGGCCCAAAAUCUACUACAAAGCAGCCAAAAGACAAAGAAGAAGCAGCAGCAGCAAAACAACAACAACAACUAUAAUCAAUGCCUUAAAAGUUUCUAAAGUUGGAAAAAUAUUAACUGAAAUUUCCCUAAAAUGGAUUUUCACCUGUCCCCUAAAGAGUUUCCAUUUUUUUC